UUUUAUUUUAUCUAUCUCCCUACUCUCACUCACAUCUGGACCCUCCUUGCUCCUCUUUUACCUUCUUUACCGGUUUUACCAUUGAAUCAACGUUUUCUCCCCUUUUAACAUUACAACUUUCUUUGGAAAUUGAUUUGUUUAUGGAAAGACAGAGAUAAAUGGGUCAUAACCACUAUUACUAUAAAUGCUCGAGUUUACAAUUUCAUAUCUUCCAGAAAGAUUUGUUGAUUUUCUGGUAAAGAAAGAUUCGCUGUAUAUUUUUACAAGUAUGCGUGCAUGCUGUGCUGGCACAGAAUAUCGAUUUCGUUAGAUCAAUACCACAACACAUUUAUGAUUUUUGGUAAAAAUCCAUCACACAAAAGCCUUGAUCUAGAAGACUAGAACCCACAAAAUUAAUCAUAUUAACAUGAAAUCUAUAUAUAGUCAACCAUUAUUGGAUAGAAUCUAAGAUAUUUGAACUUUGGUUCUCAAUUUACAUAGUAAAUCUAUCCAACCACUAUGAAGUGGUCGUUACAAGUGAGCUUUAAUUUGAUUAUUCUUUAUAUAUUUCAAUUUUUAAAAGAUAUAUUAAAAAUAACAAAUUCGGAUGGAGACGUACGAUGAGUGGGGUGAAGGAAAUAAAUGAGAGAUAGAGAUAGAAAGGAAGAAUUAUCAAUAUAAAUGCUAUCAUAAAUACAGCAAACCCCAUUCUCUCUUCUUCUUCGACAAACACCAAGACAAACGUAAGCACAAGCACGAGUGAGUGAGAGAUGUUUGCCGUGGAGAAUGGGUUGCAGGGAGACCCGAGAUUAAAGGCCAUCUCCGACGCCAUUCGUGUCAUUCCUCACUUCCCCAAGACUGGGAUCAUGUUUCAGGACAUAACAACGUUGUUGCUGGAUCCAGUUGCCUUUAAACAUGUCGUCGACAUCUUCGUUGAUCGUUACAAGCACAUGAACAUCUCUCUCGUCGCCGGAGUAGAGGCGAGAGGAUUCAUAUUUGGACCUCCCAUCGCGUUAGCCAUAGGUGCCAAGUUCGUUCCACUACGCAAACCGGGAAAACUACCCGGGAGAGUGAUAAGCGAAGAGUACGAACUUGAGUAUGGAAGAGAUUGUCUAGAGAUGAGUGUAGAAGCCGUCAAAUCGGAGGAACGAGCUCUCAUCAUCGACGAUUUAGUUGCCACUGGUGGGACACUCUCUGCUUCCAUUAACCUCUUGGAGCGUGCCGGGGCCGAAGUUGUAGAGUGUGCAUGCGUUGUUGGUUUGCCUAAGUUUAAGGGGCAGUGUAAGCUGAAGGGAAAGCCUUUGUACGUUCUGGUGGAACCAAACCAGUUUGAUGAAUUAACCUUAUAAAAGCCUUUUCUAUUCAACGAUUAUGACAAAUAAUGUAAUCGGUUUAAUCGAUUUUGUAACUAAGGAUUUGUUUGUUUUCUAUUGGCUCCAUGUGGAAUGAUUCAUGCUAGUUACUAUGAAAUUCGGAAUACGAAGGUAUGCAGUAUUAUGCACCACUGUUCUUCAGAUGAAUGAAUUCAAGUCGAUUUUCUAGUGAUUUACAUGGCAGAAU